ACUACUUCCUAAGAAAAGAUUUUUCAGCUCUUUAUCUGGAAAGCUCUUCAUCUACUUUAUGGUUUUAUGAGGAUUUACUCGUGGCCAAUAAUCUUUCCUCCAACCAAACUGUGAUUCUCUGCUAAAUUUCCCCAGAUUCUGGGGGGGAAAUUCAGUUUUCUAUAACAAAUCAAACCCAAACUGAUGUGACUGUUUCCCUGUGGCAGUGCAGACAAACCUUGACCUUUCAACCUUUGACCUGCUGCCAUUUUCUGUGCUGCUGCUGUUGUGCCUGGAUUCAGUGCUGAUGGUGCAAAAUUCAUGCUGCAGAAAGGAAGAAGGUUAAACUCUGAGAUCCCCUCCUGCAGCUCCGCCAUGAAUAUUUCAUGGAGCGGCUUCAUUAGCCUCCGUCGUCUCUGUCGUCUCCUUCAGGGCGAAAUUAUGUUACCGUUUUAAAGCUGCAAUAUGUAACUUUUAUGAAAAAAUAUUUUUCCUGAUUUUUGUUGAAAAGUCAGAUAAUUUGUGAAAAAAUCAAGCUGCUCUGCCUUCUUCCUGUGAUAUCUAGAAGCAACCAAUUAGAGCCAGUUUUAUAGGUUAGAAACACUAAUCACAUUUUUAUUUGUAAAAAUUAACUUGUCAUAGUUGAACUAUAAACACUGAAAUCCCAAUUAAAACACUGAAAGUUGGUUUUAAGGUGAUAAAAUGUGAAAACAGUUUGGUUGGAGCUCCGUGUUGUGCAAUGUGGCGCUUCAGCAGCCGACCGGUACCGGAGGUGGAGCGGGUCAGACUGGACCCGGACAGACUGGAGCGGGUCAGACUGGACCCGGACAGACUGGAGCGGGUCAGUCUGGAGCGGGUCGAACUGGAGCGGGUCAGACUGGAGCGGGUCAGACUGGAGCGGGUCAGACUGGAGCGGGUCAGACUGGACCCGGACAGACUGGAGCGGGUCAAACUGGACCCGGACAGACUGGACCCGGACAGACUGGACCCGGACAGACUGGACCCGGACAGACUGGAGCGGGUCAGACUGGAGCGGGUCAGACUGGAGCGGGUCAGACUGGAGCGGGUCAGACUGGAGCGGGUCAGACUGGAGCGGGUCAGACUGGAGCGGGUCAGACUGGAGCGGGUCAAACUGGAGCGGGUCAAACUGGACCCGGACAGACUGGAGCGGGUCAAACUGGAGCGGGUCAAACUGGACCCGGACAGACUGGAGCGGGUCAGACUGGAGCGGGUCAGACUGGACCCGGACAGACUGGAGCGGGUCAAACUGGACCCGGACAGACUGGAGCGGGUCAGACUGGAGCGGGUCAAACUGGACCCGGACAGACUGGAGCGGGUCAGUCUGGAGCGGGUCAAACUGGACCCGGACAGACUGGAGCGGGUCAGACUGGAGCGGGUCAGACGGUCCAUUAGCUCAGGCUGGCGGACCAGAUGGAGGCUCUGCAGGGUAUCGAGCCCAGAAACCGUCUGUAAACCUUCACCAGAAUGGGUUUUCCUGUCCUUGCAGGAAUGAUUUUCUCUUCAUCAAUGGUGGAUUUUGCAGAAAUCAUCGUUUCUUAGCAAACAGUACCGUUUAUAUUUCCACUAAAAAGGUAUAAGGAUAAACAGCCAUUGACCUUUCACCUACAAAGACUCUUCGUUGUCAUGGCAACUUCAGAAGGAUUUUAUUAUUUAGCAAAGAUAAAUAUUUUAGUAAUCCUAAUUGACCCAAAACAGCAAACAUUUAGUGUGAUUUCAUGUGAAGCAAUAAAAAAUGUACAUUUUCUAUUUUGUGCUGAAUAUAAACUUUUUGUUCCAGCUGUAUAUUUAAAACAUUCUCACUUCACUGGAUGUCUGUAUUUGAAACGCUGCAGUUCAGUUGAUCUGAUUUGAAUUGUUCCACAGAAGUGUUGUUGUGGUUCUGGCGGUUCUGUAACGGAGGCCUGUAUCACGUUUUGGACCCUGCGCUCGUUUCCCUGCCACCGUUACAAACAGUUUCACUUUAUCAUCACCGUCUGAAGUCCAGCUGGAGAAAAACACAAUUACAUUCCCUACAUUUUAAUAAAACUCAUUUAUUAAAUGAGUUUUUUCCUGCUGUUGCUCAGCAGAUUGAGUUUCCAUAUUGAUGGGUUGCAGAAACAUGGCAACCCUCUGAAAACCCAAUUCUUAUUAUUAUUAUUACUUUUAUCGAUGAUUUGAAGAGAAACUGAGCAGAAACAAAUUAUUUUCCCAAACCUGCAGAGUAACGUAAGUAUUCUACAGCACGUCUAAUUUACAGGUGAAACCAGAUGUUUACAUCAGGGUUGUAAUAAUUUUGGUGUUUUUGUUGUGAAUUUUUGUCUACUUAGGUUUAGUUUGUUUUUUUACUUAUUAUAAGUUAAAUAUUGUUUACUUUUAUUUUAGUCUUUAUUAGUUAAAAUAGUAAUUUAGUUUUUUAAAAUAUUUUGGUUCAUUUUUAGGUGGAGAAUUCCAAGUGUAUUAUUGUGGUUAUGUUUACAUGGAUUGGUAAUAAAUACUCGACAUUUAAAAACUGUUUUCAACCAACUGACUGGUGUUUUCUUCCAACAUUUGCUGACGUCGUUUUGUGGACGAGCGUUGGCGAAUGGAGAGCCGUAAUUUACUGUCGGCUAACACAAAUCCCCCAAUCCAUUCAAACAGCUAAUAAAUUCAUAAACACAAAAUUGAAGAAAUAUAUAAUUUCAGUAUGUUUUAUAAAUGCACCUGAAGUUUGAGUUACUUAUAUUUUUUUCCCUAUUAAUUACCUUUUUUAUGUAUUUCAGUUAACAAAAAAUGUUUUCUCGCUUUCGGUUUUUGUUAUUUCAUUAGUUUUAGUUACUUAUAAGAACCAUAAUUUAUACACAUUGAAUAGAAAAGAUUGUUUGUUCUCACUUUUUGACUUUAAAUCAGACUAAAUGUUUCCUAUUUUGGGGUCAGUUACUGUUACUAAAAUUAUUUUUAUUUCAUAAAUGUGAAGAAUAAAAGAUAUUUAUGAUGACCACUCCAAUAUGGAAACUGUUUCAUUCAAAAUUAAAUUUAAAAAAAUUCCAAUCAUAAAGCAAAAAAUGGCUAUAUUUGAAAAAUAUAUUUAUAUAUAAAAGUAAUUUAAGCACAGUUUAUUGGGGGGGAAAUUAAACCACCAAAAUAUAUGCUUUUUAGGCACCACCAGAGCUCCAUACAGUGUCUUUCUGACGACGGUCACUGAUGUUGUGUUUUUUAAUAUAGUGUAUGUAAAUAUUUGGCUUCAGCCGUGUUUCUGU